AUUAUCAUUGUCAAUGUCAGUUUAGUUCACUUCCCUCUGUUCGUCCGAAACGAGUAAACAAAAUAUUUGUAUAGUUUAAGUUGACGUGUACAACAAUAUUUUGGAUUCAAAAACACUAAGUACAGACAUAUAUCCAACUUCCUCACAAAUAUGGCCAGUAAAUUCUUUUAUUUCGGUUUCGGUAGUAAUAUGCUGGCAAGUCGAAUCCACAUCCAAAAUCCGACUGCUAAAAGAAUCGGAGCAGGAAAAUUGGAGAACUUCCGUCUGGACUUCCACACUGGAUCGAAAAACUGGUUGGGGGCUCCCGCCACAAUUGUGCCCACUGAAGAAUCUCAUGUCUACGGAGCAAUUUGGGAGAUUGAUAUGUGCAACCUCAAGGAUUUGGAUGAUCAGGAAAGUGUGCCCGAUGGCGUAUAUAUCCCGAUUAGCGUCCCCGUUCACUCGUUGACCACCGAUACAAGCAUCACCUGUCGUGCCUAUCACCUGUCAAAUCAGCCACAAACAGAGGUUCAUGCAAACGGUUCCCAGGAAAAUAUUCCCCUCAACCGUCAGCCCUCGGAAACAUACCUUAAGGUUUUGGUUAAGGGAGCAAGGGAAUCGGGAAUUCCAGAGGAUUACAUUAAAUGGCUGAGGGGCAUUAAGCAUAAUGAUAAACAAGUUCCGGCCAUGGAGGAAAAACUAGCAUUGAGCCAAGUGCAACUCAGGUGAUCAGACUGCAUCGGAGUUUUAUUGACGCGGAGAUUGUAUGGAAAUUUGCUUAUGUCAAAGUACAAACUUAAGAUAUUGAAUAAAAGAUUUUCAAUGAAA